AUGAAGUCAGACGAAGGACAGGAGCCUAUAGCCAUUGUUGGCGCGGCAUGUCGGCUACCCGGCGGCGUAAACAACGUCGGUGAAUUCUGGGAAUUUCUCAUGGAUGGGAGGUCUGGGUAUUGUGACAUGCCAUCAAACAGAAUGAAUAUGGAAGCGUGGCACCACCCAGAGGGAGUACGGCCAGGAAGCAUUGUAUCAAAAGGAGGUUUUUUCGUUCAACAUGACGUGGAUAAUUUCGACAACUCAUUCUUCGGUAUCAGUGCUGUUGAGGCGGGCUCAAUGGACCCUGCACAGAAGCAACUCCUUGAGGUAGCCUUUGAAGCUCUUGAGUCCACAGGCUUAAGUUUGGAACAGCUUCGAGGCUCCAACACAGGCGUAUACGUGGGAAAUUUUGGUCUAGAUCAAGCAUUGAUGGCGCUAAGAGACCCAGAGUAUCUGAGCCCAUACACAUCAACAGGCACUGGUGGUACAAUUCUUAGCAACCGUAUCAGCUACGUUUUUGACCUCAAGGGCCCCAGUUUCACUCUUGAUACAGCCUGUUCAUCCUCACUAUACGCCCUGCAUCUGGCAUGCAUGGGCUUGCAAAACGGAGAUUGUACUGGGGCCCUUGUCUGCGCAGCAAAUGCCAUUCGAAGCGUCGAAGGGCACCUCAUGUCUUCAAGGCUGGGUGCUAUUUCCGCCACAUCCAAAUGUCAUACUUUUGACUCUAGUGCGGAUGGUUAUGCCCGUGCUGACGGGUUUGGCGCCAUAUACGUUGCGAGACUGUCCGACGCAAUUAGAUCCGGCAUGCCAAUCAGAGCAGUUAUCAGGGGAACUGCAAUUGGUGCCAAUGGCACUGGCGUCGGCCUCACUCACCCAGACAGCGCAGGACAAGCCAAAGUCAUUCGCAAGGCCUAUUCCAAUGCCGGCAUAUCUGAUCUUUCUCAAACUGGUUAUUUUGAAUGCCAUGGAACCGGAACCCCAGUGGGUGACCCAAUCGAGACACACUCCAUUGGCAGUGUUUUUUCCAGUACAAGAGUACAAGACGAUCCUCUAUUAAUUGGGUCAGUGAAAUCCAAUCUCGGACACUCGGAGGCCGCCGCUGGCAUCUCCAGUCUGAUCAAGACGGCCUUAGCGAUACAAAAGAAAAUUAUACCAGGUACCAUUGGUGUGGAAAAUGUCAAUCCGGCUAUCAAACUGGAUGAAUGGAAGCUCAAAAUUGUUACAAAUGCUUCACCCUGGCCAGCGAACAUUCCGAUUCGCCGGGCGAGUGUCAAUUCUUUUGGAUAUGGUGGAGCAAAUGCCCAUGUCAUCCUAGAAGCCCUCGAAUCCGUCCUCCCAUUACUUAAGGCAGCCAUUCCUUGGCCUUUGAUCGGAGGGGUACGACUUGAUAACCAAGAAAGUUCUAUUGCUUCAGAGAAUGGGGCAGACUCACCUUCAGGUCGCACAUACUCUACACCACUAUCAUCAGAGCCUAAUGAAAAUGGCUUGGAUGUCGACGACCUACCGAAGGUAAUCCUCUUCAGCGCGAAGAACCGUAACUCUUUGGAAAAUAUGACGCAGAUUGUCAAGGAGCAAGUCAUAACCCGACGACCUGGAGAUAUUGCCCAUACCCUUGGUAAACGGUCCAAAUUCACGCAUCGAGCAGUGGCAAUUGUCAAAAGUGGGUGCGAGCCUCAAUUUACCACUGGCGAAACCCCAAAAGAAACUAAACUCGGGUUCAUCUUCACCGGCCAAGGAGCCCAAUGGCCACAAAUGGGAAAAGACCUCUUAAAAUUCCCAGUCUUCCAGGAGAGCGUUCAUAAGAUAGAUCUUGCACUUUCAAGUCUUCCACUAGCUCCAUCAUGGACUGUGGAAGAAAUGAUAUUGGCAGAACUUACCCCGGCGGAGAUGGACGAGCCACGAGUAGCUCAAAUUAUGUCUAUUGCUGUCGAAAUUGCACUAAUUGACCUUUUGGCUGAUUGGAAUAUUCACCCCACAAUUGUGGCAGGGCAUUCCGCGGGAGAAAUUGCUGCGGCGUAUUGUGCUGGUUAUUUGACAAGAGCAGAAGCUGUUGCUGUGGCAUAUUACCGAGGACGUGCAGUCUCGGAGACUACACAGCCUCCUGGAGGCAUGUUGGCAGUAGGAAUAUCUGGUGAAGAAGCUGAGAAGAUCGUUCCUUUAAACAAAAGUGUCGUUAUUGGCGCCAUCAAUUCACCUAGAAGUGUUACGCUAAGCGGCGAUGCGGAUGCUAUCACGGCAAUUAAGGAAGACAUGGAUAGCAGAAAGAUUUUUAACAGACUUUUGGCAACUAAGGGAAGGGCGUAUCACUCUCCACACAUGGAGUCUGCAGCUGAGGCGUACACCAUUCCUCUCCACAACGUGCAGAGGGAUGAGCAGCGGCCUGAAAUCAAGGCUCAAUAUUUUUCAACUGUCCUUGGUUCUCUGUGGACUGAAAAGGAAAUCCCCAUGUCGUAUUGGCGCAGGAAUAUGGAGAGCCCUGUGUUGUUCCAUCCCGCUAUUUCUAAAAUGCGAGACGCUGGAAUGACACACGCACUGGAAAUCGGGCCCCACAGUACUUUGAGAUCGCCAAUACUCGAUAUCAUCAAAGCUUCCAGCUUAAAAAUACCUUUCCAAUACAUUGGCGCUAUGAAACGUGGGGAAGAUUGUAUUCAAACAGUUUUGAAUGCGUGCGCGGAGCUUUGCCUAAGCGGCUUUAAAGCCAACCUUGACCAUGUAAACGGAGGUGGAUCGUUCAUAGUGGAUUUCCCAUCUUACGGUUGGGACCACUCCAUGAAAUUCGUGACAGAGAACCGGGCGGAUCGAGAAAUGAGACUCAGGCCAUUUGCACGUCAUGAUUUGUUGGGUUCUAAGACUCCAGGGACAGCUCUCAGCAUCCAUGUUUGGCGAAAUAUUCUGUCUCUGAACAAUGUCCCUUGGUUGAUGGAUCACAAAGUAGGCGAGCACUACAUUUUCCCAGCUGCAGGUUUCAUGUCUAUGGCAGUUGAAGCAGCACGGCAAGUCAAGGAAAAUGAUGCUGAUGCCUUUGUCCUUGAGGAUGUAAGCAUCGGAACAGCGCUGAUGGUGGACAAUGAGAUUGAAAUCUUCCUCACAAUGAAGAAACAGCAUCUGGGAAGCACUACAGUGUCAAACAUUUGGUGGGAGUUCAAUGUAUCAUCUGUCAAAGAUGGAAUUUCGACUGAACAUGCCAAGGGUCGCAUUAGCUACCAGGUCGAGUCGAAACAACAUAAGUUACCAGUUUUGUCAGAAUCGGCUUUGCCAUUCAGACAGCGAAUACCAGAGAGCUACUGGUAUGAUGAUGCCACGAAGGCAAAAGGUCUUGUCUUUGGUACAAGCUUUAAACGAAUCUCCAACAUCUUUUUAGACUCAAAAGAGCACAGAGCGACUGCGGAUAUGGUUACGGAGACAACACCCGAAAUGACGGGAAUGAAAUUCGAAUCCCAGUAUGUUGUGCAUCCCACAGUGUUGGACAAUUGUCUCCAACUAUCCGUGCUCGCCGCAGGCAAAUCAAGCUCUAGCCAGGCAUACGUCCCUGUAGGCGUCAGCCGAUUAACCAUUCUCGAAAAGAGAGGUGAACAUGAUCACGCUAAACUGGAGUCCAGCGGUAGGUAUAUUGGAUUCAAAGGAAUGCACGGUAGCGCUCAACUUCGAAACCCUGAUACCAAUGAGGUUAUGAUAAGCCUACAGGGCUUGCGUUUCGUUGGCAUCCCAGCAUCUGGUGAUGCUGUCAUUCCCUCGAAGAGAGAAGUAUUUUGGCGUUUGGUUUGGGACGACGAUUAUAAUGCCAUCGCUAAAAGAAACGACGAAGUAUACUUCCCGGAGGAAAAGUAUUGGCCUAAACAAUACAACUAUCCACGAAAACGCAGAGUCCGGUUGGUACAGAUGGCAAUUAGGAGGUUUUCCCAGAAAUACCCAGAGCUGAUGACCAUUGAGCCUGUAAACGUAGAAAACAAACACUUUAUCGAGUGGGCCCACUGGUUACUUGAAGGGAUGAAAAAAGAAUGUCUCGGUAUAUAUCACAUGGACCCAGAAGAAUUAGAUAUCGAGAUUGAAAAGGAGCGUCCGUUUGCCCCUCCAGGAACGGAAUGGACAUGGGCAUUAUAUGAAAACCUCCAUCGCAUCAUCAGUGGGGAAAUUUCGGUCCUCGACAUCGCCACUAACGAUGAAAUGCUGGGUAAAUUCUAUGCAACACAGCUGAUUUAUGAUAAGUUUAAACGAGCAAUCGAAAUUUUGGGUUACAAGUACCCGAAUAUGAGAAUUCUCGAAAUUGGUGCAGGAACUGGUUCUGCAACAGAGCUUGUUUUGAAGGCACUGACCAAAGGCGGAACAAAGAGAUAUUCCAGUUAUUACUAUACUGAUAUUUCAACGUCCUUCUUCAUUCACGCUAGUGACAAGUUUUCUCAGUAUGAGGAUAUCGAGUACAAGCUGUACGACAUGGAGAAAGAUCCGGAGGAGCAAGGUUAUGAGGCGGAAUCUUUCGACUUGGUCAUUGCGUCUUGCACUGUUCACGUUACCGCAAACAUCACAAAUGCACUGCAGAGUAUUCGAAAACUCCUGAAGGUCGGGGGAAAAAUUCUUCUGUCUGAAAUCACUGCUGAAUGGCAUGACCAAACAUUCGCAAUGGGGUUGUUGCCAGGGUUUUAUAAGGGAUACGAUGAAGGGCGGACUCGUCAUCCUUUUUGGACACCAGAUCAAUGGGAAGAGGCAUUCCCAAAGGCACAUUUCUCUUCAUUGGAGCUAUCCGUCAAUGAUAUCCCCGAAGACCACGGUUUUACUGUGCUAAGUGCCUCAGCAUUGCCGAUGACAACAUCUGCAGAGGAAAUUCAACCACAACGCGAACAAACAAUCACGGUUGUUCAUCUUUCGGAACCCACACAAGUGUCUGGGCAUAUUGAAAAGCUGGCUAUUGAACAGGGACUGUCGGUUCAACACAGACGUCUGGUGGCCGAAGGGCUUGAAAAAUCGGAAGAAUGGGAGGGAUCUGGUCGCAUAAUAGUUCUGGCAGAGCUUGAAAGAUAUAUUUGGUCCAAAAUUGCAGAUCAAGAAUGGACGGAGUUCCAGAAAAUGAUGCGCACGGCGGAGAGCAUUCUUUGGGUAACUCAAGGCGGUCUAAUGGCAGGAGACGAACCUGAGGCGUCCUUGAUUAACGGCUUCUUUCAAUGCUUGGAUAUCAAUCCGCAGAUGCGUGUCGCUUCGAUGGACUUUGAGAAGAAGGCGGCUAGAGAUGAGAAUAUGGCAUGGGAAAUCCUCUACCGAGAAAGUCUGCUACCCAAAGAAAUCGAUAAACAGUUUCGGCAGCAGAAUGGCAAAUGGCUUGUAUCCAGAUUGCUGCCAGACGAACGCCUCGUUGAAGACUUUGGCCGAUCUCAAGGGAUUGACCAAAAUGCAGUCGCAACACCAUUGAAAGAGCUAGGGCCAGUACAAAUCGGUACUACGGAUCCGGGUAGACUGACGGCCCUGGUUUUCCGCCCUGAUACUUCUCUUCGAGAGAGCUUGAAAGCAGGAUAUGUUGAAGUAGAGGUAAAAGCGGUAGGCAUGAACAUGGUGGAGCUUAGUGCUUUAACUGGAGGGUACGAUACCGACGACCUCAGUUCGGAAUUUUCAGGUAUUGUCACUCAGAUCGGCCAUGGGGUAAGGGAUGUGAUGGUCGGCGAUAGGGUCUUUGGUAUGUAUGCUGGAAAAUUUGGCAAUAUUACUCGCGUUCCAGCCGCAGUAUGUCAGAAAGCGCGUGAUACGAACGAUACUUUUGAGCAGCUUGUCUCUCUACCAUCAGCAUACUGCACGGCUUGGUAUGCGAUGGUGACUGUGGGCCGGAUCCAACCCGGCGAGACUGUGCUUAUCCAGAGCGCCACAGGAGGAUUCGGAAUGGCAGCUAUCGCAAUUGCACGCUUCCAUGGGGCUGAUAUUUAUGUCACCGCGGGAUCCGUGGCCAAACGAAAGCUCCUUGAAGAUAUGGGAAUCGCGGCAGAUCAUAUAUUUAGCUCCCGAGAAAUUUCGGCAUUUACAGAUUUGAAAGCUGCAACAAAUGGCCAAGGGUUUGAUCUGGUUCUUAAUACUGCAUCGGGAGAUUAUUUCCGGGAGGUUUCUUGGCCCCUGGUAGCACCGUUUGGGCGAUUUGUUGAACUGAAAAAGAAUGACAUCGUUGAUAAUGGCAAUAUCAGUUUAAAAAAAUUCAACGAGGGUGUCACUUUCAUCGCCGUGGACAUGCAUUAUUUGUGCGACCGGAAGCCAGAGAUCCUGAUAGGACUGAUGAAGACAAUUGGUGCACUGUAUAGAGCUCGGCAGAUCGAUCCAUUGCCAGUAAAAAGUUAUCCGAUAUCCGAGAUCGCAAAUGCCUAUACAGAGUUUUCACGCUUCCAACAUACUGGAAAACUGGCUUUGUCAUACAACCCGGAGGAUCUUAUUCCGUUCGUACCUGAGCCCAGUGCUGUUGAAUUCCAACCUAACGCAGCAUAUCUCAUCGCUGGAGGCUUGCGGGGCAUCGGAAGCUUCCUCAGCAGGUGGAUGGUGCGACAAGGCGCAAAACACCUUGUUUUCCUUGCACGAUCGGCCGUCGAAGGAGAGGCCCAGGAGACGGUAGACCACCUUCGAGAAAUGGGCGCCGUUGUUCACGCUGUCCAAGGAAGCGUGUGCGUGAAAGAAGAUGUCAAGAAGGCGUUCGAAAUCUCUGGACUUCCCAUUCGUGGUGUCGUCAAUUCUGCUCUCGUCCUUCGCAAUAAAGACUUUGCUCGACUCACGGCAGAAGAAGUCCACGACACUUUUCAUCCAAAGAUCGAGGGCAAUAUUUACCUUUACGAAGUCGCACAGGAGCUAGGGGUGACUCUAGACUUUUUCGUUAUGCUUAGCUCCUUGACCAGCGUGUCCCAUGCAGCAACUCAGGCUUCGUACUCAGCAGCUAACUGCUUUAUGGAUGAAUAUGCCCGAUAUCUCCGAAAACGAAGUGUGCCUGCGACUAGUAUUGCCCUGGGAGUUAUUGGAGAUGCGGGGUUCAUGUCACGCAAUCAACAUAAUAUGAUGCAUUUGAUGCGAAAUGGACACUACGUGACUCUCGGUCACGAGUUAAUGGAGCAGUUUGGCACCGCUCUCUUCCGUCAGGAACCAACAGAUGCAUGGGGGUUGGAGAACCCCAUCGCCCUUGGAACAGAGCCCGCAAAACUUGGAGCGUUGGUGGACACCGGGAAUGUGCCUGAGCCCCUCUGGGAUAGAGACGCGCGCUGGGGAGUUAUUGGUAUCCACGCAACACGAAAGGGCCAGAAUGACGGCAGUGGAAAGAGUGGGCUCAAUGGAGCGAGCAAGGUCCUGGAUAUGGUGGUUGAACGCCUAGCGAAGCUUCUAUGGAUGCCUGUUGAGAAUUUAAACUCCGAAGUUAGUCUUGCGUCGCUUGGUAUUGACAGCAUGAUAGCUAGUGAGUUUAGGCAUUGGGUAUAUCAGACCUUCAAAAAGAACGUCAGCAUGAUGGAAAUGCUGGCUCAAGAUAUGACAGCAGAAAAAUUGUCUGAGAUACUAGAAGGAUAG